CCCUUUGGGCAGAGAAGUGACUUCUGAGGAGGUCCAACAUACGUAGACUCGCGGCUGAAGAUGGAUAAAAUCCUUUUGGUGUCCGUUCUCGUCCUCCUGUCCCUGGACAACGACUUCGCCUUGGGCGGCCCGUUGCCCCAGGUGACGGGGACACCUUUGGUUGCUGCCCCAGGGCCAGCCGCUCCCCCAGCUACCUUUUUCACACCUGAGGUUUCUUUGGCCAUGCAGCAGUUCAUGCAGGAGUAUAAUAAGCAGGCUCUGAUAUCAGCGAGCUUCCCCGACGACCCGGUUCCAGGACAACCGCUGGAUGCCACAGCGCCCCAGCUAGCGCUGUUCCCAACGCCGCCUCCUCCCGCACCCGCGCCUGCACCUGCGCCAGCAGUAGCUUCAGCUGCUGCAUCAGCUUCCAGCGUCCAAGCGAGUUUCACAGCUCUGAGUGGCGCCGCUAGCGCCACGGCUGCAGCAUCGGCACCAGCGCCCUCCUACACCAUUCCGGAGGCGUAUGCCCAGUACUACGCCCUUCUGGCACCACCCCCACCACCUCCCCCUGCAGCGGCGCCCUUCGUCGGGUAGUUCCUCGAGGCCCUGGGACAAGACUUGUCAGGAUGAAGCGGUUUCACUUGGGACUCAUAUAACAUGAAGUGACCGACCUACAUUAUUAUUAUUAUUAUUUUCAUUAUAUUAUUAUUAUUAUUAUUAUUGUUGUUAUUAUUAUUAUUAUGCAGAAGAUGAACCUUAUUCAUAUGGAACAAGCCUACCACAGGGGCCACUGGUUUAGUAUUAUUAUUAUUAUUAUUAUUAUUAUUAUUAUUAUUAUUAUUAUCAUGCUGAAGAUAAACCCUAUUCAUAUGGAAGAAACCCACCAAAUGGGCCACUGGCAUGAAAUUCAAGCUUCCAAAGAAUAUUAUUUUUAUUGUUAUCACUAUUAUCAUCAUUAUUAUUUUGCAAAGAUGAGCCCUACUCAAAUGGAACAAAUGUUAUCCGUGAUGACCGACCUACAUUAUUAUUAUCAUUAUUAUACACUACUAAGAAGAUGAAGCCUAUUUAUUCGGAACAAACCCACCAAAAGGAGGCCACUGACUUAAACUUCCAAAGAAUACGAGAUUCAUAAGCUGCCAGGGUCAUUGUAUAAACAUAUGAUUGUUGUUCCAUUUUAUAAUGAAUCGAAUCCAAGAUCCCUUUCUUACUCUUUAAACCCCCAACCAUUUUUUUCUGUUUUGUGUGUGUGUGUUUUUUUUCUUUUAAUCGUGUCUACUCUAAAUAUGAUGGGCAUUAGAUGUACACUCCCGUCGGUCUCUAGAUUAAAAAAAAAAGGACGGUAUUCCAUCUCUUUACAUUAAGGGACAGUUUAACUAGGCCAUGAUCUCUAUUACUAUCAUUAUUAUAUUAUUAUUAUUAUUAUUAUUAUUAUUAUUAUUAUUAUUAUUAUUAUUAUUAUUAUUAUUAUUAUUAUUAUUAUAUAUCCAGACGACGAACCCUAUCACAUAUGGCACAAGCCCACCAAGGGGACCUCUGACUUGAAAUUCUCGAAGCUUCCAAAGAAGAUUAAGGUGUCCAUCAGGAAGAAGCAAGAGAGGAGGCCGAGGGAAACACAGAAGAAGAAAUAGAAAAUCCGAGUUCCAUCCACUCCUCACAUUAGCCGUCUCGUAAACCAACCAGUCAUUCUUAAUAAAUGCCAAAGAAUUGAUAUUGUAAUAUACUAUACCGCUACUAUCGAGUCUGUCUCCCGAUAUUUCUAUUUAUUUAUGUAUUAUUCAUUCUGUUCCACUUUUUUUUAAUUCAAUUCACCCCUGACCAUAACUAUCACGUCUAUCACAUGACUGAAAUGUUUAUCUCUAAACUUCUAGGACAAUUAGCUUUAGCCUUCAUAAUAUUGUUAUUGAAUAUUAAAAAAAAAAUGUUCUGGGCAUAUUUCUACGUUCUGUUAAACUACAAAGAACAUUACUUUAAAACUAGUGGUGAUUUUGGGCUUAAUACAUCCUAAGUUAU